AUGCCACCACCACUGGACAGUACUGACUGUGAUUUCUCACUUGGUGAGGAGGUGGCUUUUGGCCCCUGCACUCUGCAGAGCAGUAUGCUGGUGCAGGUUCCCCCACAGAACCUGUCUUCCCCUGAGCCAUGCUGGAGGGACCUGGCAGACCAGCACCAGAAAGCACUGGGAGAUGCCGUGGAAGCAAAUAGCCAGCUGCAGGAGACCCUCACACAGAGGCAGGAAGAGCUGGGGACACUGCGGGAGAGCAACGUGCAGCUGAAGGAGCUGGCAAGUCAGGCCAGGCAGCUGGCCGCUGUCCUUGAUACGCUGAUGCUCCCGCAAAGCGCCGAAGGGACAGUCCCUCCUCCUCUUCCUCCUCUUCCUCCUCUUCCUCCUCUUCCUCCUCUUCCUCCUCUUCAUCCUUUACCUCCUCCUCCCGCCGCUGCUGCCGCCGCCGCAGCCCCGGCCGGGACCGGCCUGGAGGAUGCGGAGGGCGUGGACGCCAUGCUGCGGGCCGUGUCGGAGAAGUGUCGCGCCGCCUUGCGAAGCCUGGGGGCCAGCGCGGGGGACAGGUCGGGGGGCAGCCCCGGAGGCAGCCCCACAGCCAAGCGCCCGCGGCCGGGCCCGCGCCUGCACGGCGCCUUCCGCGGGCUGCGCACCGGCUGCGCCGCCCCGUGCCCGGUCGGCAGGGAGCUGGAGGGGGGCGGCAGCCUGCGGGCGGCGCUGGGGGAGGCGGGCGCCAUCCGCACCCUGGCCUUCCCGCAGGGAAACGCCUUCACUCUCCGCACCGCUGCCGGCGGGCACCGCUUCCGAUGGGUGCCGCGCUGAGACCCCCGCGGCUCCGGGCACCUGUGUCCCGAGCAGGACGGAGCGGGGCCUCUGCAGCGUGAGCCUGGCAGCGCACCCUACCCGUCGGCACGCUCCCCGUUUUCUCUUGGAGGAGAGGUAUUCUCGCUUUCCCCCACCGCUGCCGGAGAAGCGACGUGACUGAGCGCUGCAAGAGGCCACCGUGCCUCAGCGAGGGUCCUGCGCCGCAGGCUUCGUACGCCGUGCCGCCGUGGCUCCUGGCCCGGCAGCUUGCUAUCAGUAGCUUGCUAAUGAAAGUAGAAAUUAAACGAUGAUCUGCCCUGUUUUAUCCAGAGGUUUCUAGUCAGCUGAGAAGACAAGUGUAGCUGACAGGACAAUGGCUGGAAUUGGCCAGUGUGAAAGCAGAGUGAUCAUCCCAGGUGGUUAAACACGAUGCAGCUGCUCCAUC